AUGGCGUGGUACUGCUCUGGAUCGACCAACAAUGAGUUAGUUGAGAAUCUAUACAAAACUGGCCUAAUCAAGAGCGAAAGGGUGAAAAUUGCUAUGAAAGGCGUUGAUCGGGCCCACUAUGCACCCUCAAGACCAUACUCGGACUCACCACAGCCUAUCGGACACGCUGCGACGAUCUCUGCACCUCAUAUGCACGGCCAUGCAUGUGAACACCUCAUCGACUAUCUUAAGCCUGGCUCGCACGUCUUGGACAUCGGAUCCGGCUCAGGUUACUUAACCCAUGUAUUUGCCAACCUUGUCACUGACUCGUCAGCUGGUAACCAAAGAGACGGCCAAGUCAUUGGUAUUGACCACAUACCAGAGCUUGUCAACCUGGCUCAUGAUAACAUGAGCAAAUCUGAACAGGGCCGUAAGUAUCUCGAGACAGGGAGGGUGAGAUUUAUCACUUCUGAUGGUCGCUUGGGAUGGCCUGAAGGAGCACCGUAUGAUGCUAUACAUGUCGGUGCAGCUGCCGAACGGCUACAUCCUGUUCUGGUCGAGCAGCUUCGCGCCCCAGGGCGAAUGUUUAUCCCGGUUGACAUGGAGAGCGAACAUGAAAGUACAGGCCGCCUUGGGCUGGGUGGCGGACAGUACAUAUGGGUUGUUGACAAGAAGGCAAACGGGUCCGUCAGCAAAGAGAAGAUCUUCCAAGUCAGCUAUGUUCCUCUAACCGAUCGCCCGGAAAAAUGA